CGCCAUGUAUUGGUAGUGGGAUUAGAAUUUUGCUUGUAUCUUUCUGUCAUCCUUUACCUCGCACUUCGGGAACUGCUGCCACUUUCACCCUUUGGAUUCUUUCCUUCUCAAACCACAAAGCAAUUUGUCCAAUUUGGAUCACACACUCAGAUACAGCCGUUUAGAAAGACCUUCGCAUUUCACUUUUCUUUCUCUUCUCACACAAGAUAGAUAGGAUUUUCUUUCUUCUGCUACCUUCAAAACAUCACAAGAAGCAACAUCCCCCUAUACGAGUUAGGUGAGCUCAGUUCAACACAUCGUGUGAAAAAAACAUAAAGGGAGAAAAUUACUAUUUUGUAAUUUGUAUGUGAUAAAGUGCCCAUCUUGAUGUAUGUACUUCUUCACUUCUUUGUAUGUGUCCCUAGUUUGAGUGUAAUCUAAAACAUUUUGAAGUGAUUAAGGUGCCAAGAUGUGACUAUGAUUGUGUUGGGUGAAGGAACAUGGUUUCAUGGUUGUGUUGUUGCCUUUGUGAUCCGUGAGAUGAAAUGAGAUGAGAUGUCAGAAAACAUGUAUCCUAGGUUGUUGUUUUUUGACCAUACCCAUUCGAAGAUGGCAUGGGUUAAGCAUCAAAUCCAGCAAAAAGAUGGUUACUUGAGCUACUCACCACCCCUUUUGUCUUCUUCUUCUUCUUCUUCUUCUUCUUCUUCUUCUUCUUCACCCCCUUACCCUCUUGGUGCUACUUUCCACAAGGAAUCAUCAUUGCCUUCUUCAACACCACCACCACCACCAUCUGGCACCAGAAUUAGUCCUGCUGUUCUUUUCAUCAUAGUGGUUCUUGCUGUUUUGUUUUUCAUCUCUGGCCUCCUCCACCUGCUUAUUAGAUUUCUCAUAAAACACCCUUCUUCUGCAUCUGCUCAAUCCAACAGACACCAAGAACUUUCCACAUCUGAUGCACUCCAGAGGCAGCUUCAGCAGCUCUUCCACCUCCAUGACUCUGGCUUGGAUCAGGCUUUCAUUGAUGCUCUUCCUGUUUUCCAGUACAAGGAGAUUGUGGGGUUGAAGGAGCCCUUUGACUGUGCUGUCUGCUUGUGUGAGUUUUCUGAGAAGGAUAAGCUCAGGUUGUUGCCUAUGUGCAGCCAUGCCUUUCACAUCAGUUGUAUAGACACAUGGCUUUUGUCAAACUCCACAUGCCCUCUUUGUAGAGGAACACUUCUCACUCAAGGGUUUUCCAUUGAGAACCCUAUAUUUGACUUUGAUGAUCUGAGGGAGGAUGAAGGGUGCCCUUGUAAUGGGGAGAAUGGAUUCAAUACUAGGCAGAAAACAGUUGUGGUUGAAGAAAGUGUGGAGAAAGAGAAAGGUGUUUUCCCUGUGAGGCUUGGGAAAUUCAAGAAGCUGAGUGUGAAGGGGGGUGGGGAGAGUGAAGUGGGAGAGACAAGUAGUAGUAAUUUGGAUGCAAGAAGGUGUUACUCAAUGGGGUCUUACCAAUAUGUGGUUGGGAAUUCAGACCUAAGGGUGACUUUGAACCAUGAUGAAAUUGGUAAAGGUCAAGUCACAAGGCUCACCAAAGGAAUGGAACUUGAUGAUGGGAAGGUUUCAGUGGAGGAGGGGGAUGUGGAAGCAAAGAAGAUUAGUAGUGUCAGUAAAGGUGACAGCUUUUCUGUGUCCAAAAUCUGGUUGUGGCCAAAGAAGGGGAAAUUGCCUACUUCUUUGGAUGGUCAAUUUGGCAGGCCAAUGCCUUCUUAUCUAAACACAGAUUUUCCAAGGAUGAGGGAACCAGAAGGGGCAUGAAAGGUAUCCAUCCACAUGUUUUUACUUUUUUUUUUUCUUUUUCUUAUUUCACUUGAAUUCGUUUCAAUCCAUUGAUUAAAGCUGGCUUCCCCCACUUGCCUUACAAUUCCAAAAAAAAAUUGGUGUGCUAAUUUUGACAUUGUGAUGACUGAUUGUGCCAUACUAUUGAUGUAUUAUGAUUGUACUUCAUGAAGAUAUAAGAAAUACUGCAUCUCUUUCUCUUUCAUCAAACA